GCUUUCAAUCGUUCUGUCUAGCCAAUGCACAGCGCAGUCAGCUGACUGGGUCACGAGGACAAGUUUAUCGAACCCAUUGCGCCCCAAGGUCAGCAUGCAUUUGAACUGGUAGUCGUAAACGUCAGCUGUAUGGUAUGGCCUACGAGUGGCCUAUUCUAGCUUACCAGAUACCAAUUUAUCAACUGCGCUGUAGGAUACAAAUCAUUUGACCGUGCUUACAAAUGAGUACCUUGUUCUGCCCGCCCCAUCAUCAUAAUCGAACGGCUCCAGUCGUUCAAUUUGUGGGGACAAAGUCUUGAGAUGAAAACCCCAUGUAACUGCCGCGAUCUUAUAAAGAAAUCCACAAGGAAUUCUUGGAUUCACAGAAUACACCAGAACGCGACCAGAAAUGCAUGUGGCAUCACUGAACGGAAACCAUGGACCCAGCUCCGUUCCGUUGACCGGCAGCUUGGUGCUCGACAUGCUUCCCGGGAUACACACUUAUCUGAAUCGAAGUUGAGAACAAAUUACCAUUUCAGUUGCAACUCAGAAUACCGUCAAAUUUCUUCAAACAACAACUUGCCAGCCAACGAAGUCGCUCUGCACAACUUUACAAAGUGCACCUUUGAUGCAAGCAUACGAUGCAUUAAACUGGCCCCAGCACAUUUACCUGCAUGGUUCCAGAUUCUCCUGGGCGUCCGUCGUGCUAGUGAGGACCACUUGCAUCUCGACACAGUGGGUUACUCCUUGCAGUGGCUCAGGUUAUCGGAUUCCAAACCGGAGGACGAGAGAGGAAAGCUGUUCGAGCAAUGCGUAGUACAGACCGCCUUACUGAUUCCUUGCUGGCAGCAGCUGACAGCAGAGGAGCUCAGUUCCUUCGAACUGCCUCAGCAAUUUCAAUGGUUGCAGCAGUGCUUGGAAGAGUUCAAAGUGGAUGACUCAUAUAUGCACAUCUCUCUUUUGGCAUGCCAGUCACUACAACGUGUCGCACUGCAACUAAGGCAAACUGCUUGCGAGUUGAUAAGCCAAUUACACAAAUUUUCCUAUACUGAAAUAACGGACGUGACGUCUCGUUGGCUACAAUUAAUUCUGAGCCAGGCUAAAAAUAUGCUGGGUAGUCUGGUCAAGACCACUCACACAAGCCAUCAAUGCAGCCUGGAUGUCUGCGCAAACGCAAAGACCUUUCGCGCUAACAAUAUACACACAUCUACUCCACCGCAUCGCAACUGUAGUGGUCAAUCGGGAAUACCUACAUUCGACUGGACGGUUACUGAGAAUCCAGGAGUCACGCGAUCCCCGGCACAUACUGUAUCGGUGCAACUUUCGCGGACACCUUCUAUUGGAAACCAGAAUCUCGACCAAGCAAAGGGUAGUUUGCCAGGAGUAAGGUCUGAUAACUGUGGUAAAGAAGUUACACAUCCAGUUGCUUCCACUAAGGGUCCAUUGGGCGCAGUUAUGCGAGUUAGUAAUCGUCUGAACUCUGGCACCUGUACCCACUCGCGGCUCAGGUUUUUCAGAUGCAGCGUCUGUUUGGGAGCCAGAGAGUCACCGAAGAUCACCCGUUCAAUGAGUGCACAUGUUGGAACUUUCGAUGCAGCUUUACGGCGUAAAGUGGAAACUCCUACAUUAAAUACGUCACCAUGCCGAAGAAUGAACCUUUCACAUCACAGUCUUCAGAGUGUAUCCGUGCCGGAGGGACUGAACCGCUUUUCCUAUUAUCGACUCGCUUUCGUGCCACCGAAGCAUCAUUCAGAAUCAGAGACCUCGGUAUAUUCAGCUGAAAAGAAGGUGAUAGAAGUCAAAAGAAAUGCUCAGUACAUGUACCAGCACGGCUGUCGGAGCGAGUUGCACAAUACAGAUCCUCCGCAACCGAGUCAGUGUCGUUUAGAGUUGUGCGAAAGGCUGAUCUCAGAGAUUAACCAAGAUUUAGCGAAGGGCGAUCUAACCCGGAGACAAAUAGUUUCCACAAAUGACAGCCGACAUGCGCAGGAGCUGACCAAUCAUCUACUUGAUCAAACGAUUGCAGUAGCUUUCACUUAUAGAAUGAACCAGCUCUCCGCCGUUUACACAAGCAACCUUAGCGCUGUGGUCACUUGCUCCACCCUUAGGGUAAACGAAUUGGUAGAUAAAUUUAUUUUGGACUCUUUCCAGACAUGUAAGCAAGACCUGCAUUGCACAACUAUCGGACGGGUUCCUGGAGUGCAAAGAGUCAUUGAGCUAGCAUUGCAGCUAGUGAACCACCUAUGUGACUUACUUGGUUUCACUGCAGACACAACCCACAAAACACAAAUGGCGCAACUGUGGGCUGACCGUCUCAUGCAUUUAGCUUAUCCAGCCUCGUGUCUUGCAAUGGAUCGGAUACUGGACUUGGAUACUAAAUUUCAGAGUCUAGACUUCAAAUUUGAAGAUCGGUUACAUAGUAACAAGGCUCCGGUGUCCCAUCAGCUAGCACUACAUACGGUGGCUCCACUUUUACAGUCGUGUAGUGCAAUCGACCCACACUCAGACUUUAAGACACUCGGGAGCAGCCAAUCCGGUGACGAUGCUGCUAUUACCCAUCGAACCAUGGCUGUAAUGUCACACGUGAUGCCGGAUGUAGAACAUUUCGAGAGACAGGCUUUAGUCUGCUCACCUAGUAGUUUAGUCAUGGUUGAUGAUGAACAUCUGGCUUUACCGGAUGCUGCGAGACCAAACGGAGCUAUGUGGAUGGGUUCGAAACACUUUCCGCCAGGAAAAGCAGAACAAACAUGCUCAGCUGCCAACCCUACGGAUUGUGUAUACUUGAAUCCACGCUCAGGUGUGAUAGGAGAACCGAAUACCAAGCCUCCUCACAGCUUCUCGGUACUGAGCUGUGGAUCAGAGAAUGGGACAGAUUAUGCAGAUUUCUCGGACAGUUCUAGCGCCACUUACGAGGAACCGGGAAGCGAGUCACAUGAAUUCCACGGCUCACUAAGGGCUUACCAAAUGCAGACACUCAUUUGUGUGCCACCUGAUGCUUCCCAUGAGGACUGUCGUUUAAAGUUAGUUCUGUCGAAGAAAGGGUCAAACCCAGGGCCAAACUACCACUCAGAGAAAAAGAAAGACAAGGAGUUUGUAUUGUGUUCGCGAUGUUCACAAAGUCUGCUUGCGUUCUUGGACUUUCAGCAGCUUGAUUGGCACAGCUUCACAUCGGUCGCUAAUGUGGCUGUACAGUGUGACCGUGUAUUCUCUCGGACAGAGAUUCGUCGUGCACCAGGAGCCUCCGCCGAAAUCGACCAAGUGACUACACAGCUGAAAUUAACCGAUGCAUUGGCUUGGACAACUGAUGAUGCAACUAGGACGGAUCCACCUACGCUGAGCCGUUGCGUCAGUGCGGUUUUCGUGGUCCCGGAGGAAGAACCCUCUGUGAACGUCAGCUCCCUUCGAAGGACGAGCACUGAAAGGCCAAACAAAUUAUUGGGUAGCCAAGCGAAUCUUGCUGAAACUAGGAUAGAUCCUGGUGGUGAUAAAGAAGCUAGCAAUAAUCAACCAACCAAUGUUGUCUGCCAGGCAUUUAGUGUGGAAAGCAGCAGACUUGCUGACCGCUUGUCCAACGAUAUUCUGAGAAGAGAAUUUCAUGGAUGCACAGAGGAAGGAAAGCUGUUGACGGCAACAAAUAAAGCACUUCGACCCCAGUGGUUAAAUAAGAGGGCACAGACAAAGACAGGCGAAAGCGUAAUCAAGUUGAAGCUAAAUGCGCAGGCAACUUCCCACAGCUGUGGCGCUUACGCAAGAGGUGAAAAAGUGCGUAGCAUUAGAUGCAGACAAGCAGUCACGGUGAGCUCACGAGAAAAAGGAACACCGAAGUCUCACAUGCCAAGGAAGAGACAGUCGGGUGCGACGAAGACUGAUCCCGCAGUAUCAGAGACGACAAAGUGCAUCACGACUCGGAUGACGCAUACUUCACCAGUUGAGCCAACGAAAAGGAGACAAGAACUACAGACCCUGUUUGCAAUGGAUCCGUUCUACUCCUGCUUAGAAGAACUCAAAGCUUGUCUACAGAAAGCAGAAUCAAGGUUACAUGCUGUUGAGCACGUAUCCGAUCAAGGAGCCAAUAAUGAAUCUAGACAUAUACCAAGACAAACGCGUGCAUGGGUCACAAAGAAUGCGGAAACUUCAGCCAUUUUUACAUAUAGCAGUGGAUCAAGACGGCGAGUCAAUCGCUGGCCAUCGUUGUCCUUAUUGCACCAAGAUUCAUACGCCGGACAUUCCUACAGGAACAAUGAAAUGCGAUCCAGUACACAACACAAAGUGACCGAAUCGCACGCAGUGAAACCUAAUCCACGAAAUAUGCACCAUAAGCUCAACUCUGGAAGUCGACUGUGUCGUACAGAUAGGCAAAGAAGCCAUGCUCGAUGGACUGUGGACGAAAUUCCCUCCAAGGGUCCAGCACAUUUUCCCGCUCCAAGCAUGCAGCUACCCAUCCGACAGAGCUGGCAAGUGUCCCCAUCGAGAGAGAACGCUGGUCUAUCACGAUGUCUGUUGUAUGCUAGUGUUUCCUCGCAACGAGGCUACCCAGCCCAGUAUGAAAGUGGAACUGGGUCCGUAUUUGUUGGGAACAACGAAAAGGGCACUCUUCUUAACCAUUUUCCUGGUCACACGCACCGUAUGCACACCGGUAAAACUCCUGGAUUCCUUUGAGUAUGUGGUGUCAAGCUUGGCUGUACUGGCGCAUGGUCGCCUUGAGGCGUACGAACAGUCCGUCCACACUUACAAAUACAUUUGAUCAAAUGAUGCAUUUAGUGCUGGGUCUACAGUCGUAACCGCAAAUGCGGGCUGUCCACUUUUUCCUCCUCUCGCGAUGUCCAGCGAGGCCAAGUAGGCUGUAGAAUGUUGUUUUCCACACUGUGGUUUAGUGCAUUUAUUGUUUGUAAAGAACGUGUUCCAGUCUAGUGAAGCGAGUCGAGUUUCUCACUGAAAGAUAUGUGUUACUCAAUCAGGUCAAAGCGAGGCAUCGAGAGUGAGAUAAAAUAUUGCUGUACAUUAACCAACAUGGAUUGUGCAGCAAUUGAGAGCCAUCAGACACUGAACCACUUGUGAACACACUUAUAAUGUCAAGACCGUUUUCUACACACG